AUGCUGAAGGUGGUUAAAGGUAUUCUGAAUGAAGACGAAGCUGAGCUGGUUUGUAGUCUUCCUAUCAGCCAAACUGGUCUACAAGAUAAGCAAAUCUGGACUCCAACAAAGAAUGAGAUCUUUAAUGUAAAAAGUGCUCACCACCUGAAUAUGAGCAGGAAAAGAAGAACUCAAGGGGACUCUUCAAAGGGGAUAUCCGACGGCUGGAAGGUGUUAUGGAAUCUUAAGGUUCUUGGUGUGGUGAAGAUGUUUCUUUGGAAACUUCUUAAUGACAGUUUACCCACAAAAAAGAACCUAGCUCGCAGGAAGAUUGUAGAAAAUUCUUGCUAUCCCAUCUGUGAGAGGGAAGAGGAGUCUAUUUGUCGUGCUAUUUGGAGUUGUGUUGGUGCUACAGAUGUUGGGGCUGAGGAGUCAAGCCCUUUGCCGAAAUGGCCUAGCAGUGAAGUGGAAAUUAAUGAGGCAAAAGAUAGUCUACUAGAAUUCCAACAAGCACAAGAAACUUCUGAAAGGGAGCAAGGAAGCAGUGUAGUAGAAAGAAGGGGGCUCAAAUGGAAGAAACCUGCAAAUAACUUGAUGAAAGCAAAUUGGGAUGCUGCCCUCAAUGUGAAAGAAGGAAAUAUGGGUAUUGGAGUGGUCAUUAGAGAUGAUUUGGGUGAAGUGUUGGUCUCUUUAUGUAGCUCAAAAGGAAGGGUUACUAACCCUGCUACUGUAGAGCUCCAUGCGUUAUGGAGAGCAUUGAAGUUAUGUGUUGAGCUAAAUUUUACUAAGGUUUUGUUAGAGGGAGAUGCAUUGAAAGUCGUUAAAGCUGUAAAUAGUAUUGAAACAAAUUGGGAGUGA